GCAGCCAAGCCAUAUCCUAGCAAUGAUAUUCUCUCUCUACUUCCUUAUGAAUGUGCUCUGUAGUCUCUUUUCUUAUCGCUCGAUAAAGCACGAUGGGAAUCCAACCCAACCGGCGACGCCAGCCAAUCAAGACCCAGAGAAUCUCAUCCCACAUUUCUAUCCGACUGACUAAGAAACUUAUGAAUGCAGCACUUUCUGGCCGUUGACCGAUUAUUGACCCCUCUCGUGAGAAUCAGCUUGCUACCGUGGACAACCUGUAUCUUUGACUUACCCACCAAGUCCCUGCGUUAGCAUCUCCGCUCCUUCACUAUGUCCGCAGACCCUCUGGUCCCCGAGACUCGGGUCCUGGCCAUUGCAAGCCAUGUUGUCUAUGGGUAUGUGUCCCAUCGUGGUUGAGAUCCCGGAGAAUCGAAUCGAGUCCCCCUGCUUCUCCAGAUCUUACAUCGCCCCGCAAUGACUCCCCGCGGGACCAUCUACCCAAACCUUAUCAUAGUUUGUAGUUGCUAAUACCAGACCACCAGCUAUGUCGGAAACAAAAUGGCAACGCUGGUCAUGCAACUCCUCGGCUGUGAUGUUGCGGCCCUGAACACCGUCCAUUUCAGCAAUCACACCGGCUACGGCCAAUUCAAAGGCACACGGGCAACAGCCGAGCAGAUCACUGAGCUCUACGAGGGUCUAUGCCAGAGCCACCUAACAGACUUCGACGUCAUGCUCUCCGGCUACGCGCCCAGCGCCGCAGCCGUCGAAGCCGUCGGCGCAAUCGGCAUGGACCUGCAGCGCAAGGCCGAAAAGAACCCCGGCUCGUUCUUCUGGGUCCUGGACCCAGUGAUGGGCGACCAAGGCCGCCUCUACGUCAACGACGAAGUAGUCCCCGCCUAUAAGAAAAUCAUCCACCACGCGGACUUGAUCCUGCCCAACCAGUUCGAAGCAGAAGUCCUCUCCGGCACGAAGAUAACCUCCCUAUCCACCCUCGCCUCAGCCAUAACCGCCAUCCACGCCACCUACAACAUCCCUCACGUAAUAAUCACCUCCGUCGACAUCUCCAAAUUCACCUCGCCAUCCCGAUCUACCUCCCAAUCCGCGCCAAAAACCCUAACCAUCAUCGGCUCAACAACCCGCUCCGACGGCUCCCCGCGCCUCUUCCGCAUCGACGUCCCCGCCCUGGACUGUUACUUCAGCGGCACAGGAGACAUGUUCGCCGCGCUGAUCGUCGCCCGUCUCCGUGAAGCCGUUUUCGCAGAGGACCCGGUCCUCCGAGGCACCAGGUCCUGGGUUUCACCUGAUAGGGUCGGGGCGACGGAUUUGCCGCUGGCGAGGGCGACGGUGCGGGUCUUGGCUAGUAUGCAUUGCGUGCUAGAGAAGAUGAUGGAGGAGCGGGAUGCGGAGUUGAGGGCUGUGGAUGCGCGGGGGGAUGAGGGGUUAAGUGAGGAGGAGAAGGUGAAGAGGGUGCAUUUGAGGAAGAGUAAGGCGGCAGAGGUGAGGCUUGUACGGAAUGUGGGGUUUUUGAGGGAGCCGACGGUGGUGUUUGAGGCGGUGGAGUGGAGAGAGGAGGAUUUGCCGGGUUUCAGUAAUUAGCUAGAUUGAUAGAUAAAUGGUGCAUGUUGCAUGUUGCUUGAUUAUGAUAUGAGAUGAGAUGACAUGAUAUGAUAGAUGGAGAUUAUUAGAUGGUGGCUUUAUCUAUAGCUGUAUAUGCUUUUCUUUUCACUUGACUAUAUAUUCUACUCGGUGG